GCGUCCAGUUCCGGGAGCCGCACUUCUGCGUCCCUGUCAGGGUGCCCUCAGAAGCCUCCAGUUGAAACUCCAGCAGAAGCCAGGCAUGAUGGCCGUGGACACAAGAAAGUCUGCUGGCCAGCUGUUCCAAGCCCCAUGGGGUCAGCAGAGGCCUGUGAUGGUGAAAGUGAAGUUGGAGGAAGACCACCCCAGGAAUCAGGGUCUCAGCCUUCCAGAGAACCAGCCUCCUGCCUGGGAGAUCUUCAGGCAGCAGUUUAGACACUUCUGCUACCAGGAUUCCCCUGGUCCCCAAGAAGCACUGAGCCGGCUCCGGGAGCUCUGCCAUCAGUGGCUCAGGCCAGAGACAAGUACCAAGGAGCAGGUCCUGGAGCUGCUGGUGCUGGAGCAGUUCCUCUCCAUCCUGCCCCAGGAGCUCUAGGCCCAGCUGCAGGAACAUCAUCCAGAGAGUGGGGAGGAGGUGGUGACCAUGCUGGAGAAUCUGGAAAGAAAGAGAAAUGUACACAUAGGAAGAGACUUGUAUGAUAUGGUUGCAGGGAACUGGGAGCAAAACUUUCUCAAGUGUGAAGGCUCUGAGAGAACAGUGGGAAAACCUAGCAUUCAGCAGGGAACUGAGCUUCUUGCUAAGCCAGUCAGGAGGGGAAGAAGGGGAAGGGUGGGAAACAGCAGAUUCGGGGAUGGUGAGUAAAGAUAGUGAAGGCAUCGUGCUCCUUUACUGGUCAUUCAACAUCACAGCAGCAAAGACGUAGGUGGUAUCACACAUGAAAACUAAGUUCGGAGAGGUUGUGUAACUUAGCCAAGGACACAUAGCCCAUAAAUGAAGUGACAGAAACAAUAUUUGAUCAAACUUUGCUUUGCUUACCUUUCUGGCUGCCUCUCAGCGCCCUAGGGCCUGGUUUCUAGCUGCUUCCUCCUAGUCCUUCUCGGGGGAUGUUUCUUGGGGACUCCUCCCUGAGGUUUGGUCCCUGUUAAAUUCAUGAUAUCCUUACAGGCCUAAUGAGUGCUGCUUGUCUCUAGCUUUCAGCCUGUGCUCUGGAACAGAAGAUCCUUUUGCAGACAGUGACACUUAAGACACUAGACGAAGAAUCUUCAUGUACCCGAGUUCAGCCUGCAGCAGUCCAGUUCAAGGGCGAAGGACCUGAGCCCCACCCAUCAGAGGGAAGAGAUGGUGGUGUGAGGACUGAGAACCUGACAUUAGAAGUGAAGCAGGAACGUUAUGAAGAACCAUUAUGGUGUAGGGAGGGGUCUGAUGGACAUGAUGAAACUGUGUGUCAGCAUGCCACAUACAGAGGAGACAGUGAGCCUAGUGGAAGUUUGGAGUUGCAGGAUGGGGAUGCCACAGGUGAAAAAACAUAUGAAUGUGAUGAAUGUAGGAAAACCUUCACUUGGAUAAGAGGCCUUCAGAUGCAUAGGAGGAUCCACAUUGGGAAGAAACCAUAUUCCAGUACAGAAUAUGUAAAGGCCUUCAUCAGACGUGGAGAACUUACCCAGCAUCAGGGGCUUCAAAGCAAGGGAAAACCUUAUCAGUGUAAAGAGUGUGGCAAAGGCUUCAGUCAGAAAGCAGGCCUCUCCCAACAUCUCAAAAUCCACACUGGAGAAAAGCCCCAUCAAUGUAAUAAAUGUGGCAAAUUUUUUAGUCAGAGAUCAGUUCUUACAAAGCAUCAAAGCCUCCACACUGGAAAGAAACCUUUUGAAUGUAUAUACUGUGGGAAAACCUUCUGCCAUAGUGCAGACCUCACUGAACAUAGGCAAUUCCACAACAAAGAGAAGCCUCAUGAAUGUAAUGAAUGUGGGAAAACCUUCAGGCAGCGUUCAAAUCUUACUGAGCAUCAGCGAAUUCACAGUAAAGAAAACUAUGAAUGUAAAGUAUGUGGAAAAGCCUUCGCUCAGUAUGCAGGACUUAACCAACACCGGAGAAUCCACACUGGAGAGAAACCUUUUGAAUGUCCUGUAUGUGGAUGAGCCUUUAGCCGGAGCUCAGAACUUAUAAUACAUCACAGAAUUCACUCAGGGGAAAAACCCUAUGAAUGUGCCGACUGUGGAAAAACCUUUAGAGUGAACUCAACCCUGGUCAUACAUCAGAGAAGUCACACUGGAGAGAAGCCCUAUAAAUGUGAUGAGUGUGGUGAAGCCUUCAGUCAACACUCAGGCCUCAACAAACACAAGUUAGGAGGGAAGCACGGAAACCCUCCUAAACCAAGAAAAUAUAUGUGUGAUGUAUGUGGGAAGACCUUUACGCAGUUAACUGGCCUGAGAAACCACAAAAGAAUCCACACUGGGGAUAAGACCUACCAAUGUCCUGAGUGUGGCAAGGCCUUCACAAGGGGAGAGCAUCUUAUUGAACAUCAGGGGAUUCACAACAAGGAGAAGCCUUAUCAAUGUAAAGAGUGUGGCAAAGGCUUCAGUCAGAAGACAGGUCUUAGUCAUCAUCUCAAAAUCCACACAGUAGAGAAACCUUUCAAAUGUUCUGAAUGUGGGCGAGCCUUCAGCUGUAAGUCAAAUCUCAAUAAACAUAAGAGAGUCCACUCUGAGGAAAAAUCCUGUACAUGUAAAUAGUGUGGGAAGGCAUGCAAGCAGAGCGCAAUGCUGAUCCAACAUCAGAGAGGCCACAUCCUACUAAGCCCCAGCAGUGGUGAAGGAGGUGAAGCCUUCAGUAGAAGCUCAGUUCUGAUUAAGCACCAGAGAAUCCACUAAAAUGACUCCGUGCCAAGGUGUUUGGUGACAACUUCAAGUAGAAUUCACAUUUUUUUUAAGUGAGAUAAAAUGUUUCUUGAACUUCCUUAUUUAAAGAACGUCAGAGAGAACACAUUGAAGAGUUGUUUAAAGGUCAAUAAAUGCUGGAAAAGUUGGGAUUUUGGAAAAGUAAACAUCAACAAGAAAUUUACCUGUGAUUACCUUUGUUAAAUGCAGUGAAGCGUCAUUUAAUACAAUGAAAAGGUACA